AUGGAUGAACCACAGCCUGGACCGAGCAAUAUACAGUUGCCCAUCAUCCAGCAAGAAACUUCCAAACCCGAAGACGACAUACCAUUUGCAGACAGCCCGGAAUCGCCUCGUGCUCCACAGGUGCCCACCAUCGACCUUCGAAAGGCCAGCAUUGCAGCUGCACAACAGCAUUUGCACGAUGGGAUCAUUCUGUUGAUUACCAGCGACAACGACAACCAAAGAUCGCCCAAUGGUUCAUUGUCUCAGCACCAGCUUUCUGAGUUCUACCUUCUUCCUCUCCCACAAGACGCCCUUGGAGCGAAUAGGAGGUAUUCCCUACAGGAUCGCCCGGGUAAAGAUCACCAUAAGGAACGCAAAGCCUCCUGCCCGGAUACAGAACUACGGCUGAGUCCGGAUAGAAGCAAUUCCGGCAGGAGAAGCUCGUCCUGUUACCAUGAUCUGGAUAUCCCCCGAGAUAGAUUGACUCCUACAUCUAGGAGAUCUAGUAAUGCUAGUGCCUGUGGCUCCAGAAGAUCAUCUAACUGCAGUAUAGCCGGAGGUGGUCACAGACGGAGGUCCAGCAAUUGCACAUCCUGCAGUCGACGAUCAAGUGGCUCCAGUGUCAGCCACAGUCGACGUUCUAGCACAGCCAGUCAUCGUUCUAGCCCACCAAGUCAUGGCAGCCGUCGAUCGAGCAAUUGCAGUCGCAGAUCCUCCAAUUGUCACUUUGAUUCAGAUGAAGAGGUUGCAAUACUUCAGCAGCCCCACCAUCACCAUCAUCAUCACCGAGGCUCAAGAUCUAGUUUGGAACCAGGUGCAUUGAUGGUUCAUGGUCACAGAGAAUCCUCCGCUUCCAUGAUAGGAGGCGGAGCAAGGCGGGGCUCGCAUAGGCCUCCCAAGGAAAAGGAGGAGGAACCAGAAGAAGAGGGAAUUGACGAGAGGGAGGAGUUGGAAAUGGGUGGCAUUCCACUACGACACAGAAGAAUCAUUAUUAUGAUUAUCGGUUCGGUAUCCAUCUUCAUCUUGGUUAUGUCUGUUGUCCUCAUCGCGGUAUCGUUGACCUUAUCUCCUACGAUCGACGAUCUAGUUCUUCAACGGCGCCGUGAACGAAUUUUAAAUCGUCAGGUGUUCUGCGAUGAAAUUUCUCUAAAUACUUCUGUGUUUUGCACUGGACUGGAAGAGGUUGUUCUAUCUUUUCCGAUGAGCAAUAAAAAAUGA